GUAUUAAGAAGAACGCAGACAUUGAUUCCUUUCACCUACUCUCUCUCUCUGCCGCCCCUUCAUCUUCCUCUCGCAUUCUCCGCCGUGGUUCAAAUUUCUCUGAUACCCCUUUUUGUUCUUUCACCUUCAAAUCGAUGAACCUUUUUAUCUAUGCUCAUUCUUCUUAGUACGAUAUAUUUGAAUAUUAUGAUUCAUUAAGCCUCUAUCAUCACAAAAACCAUAAAAGAGAGGGUUUUUACAAGGUUCUGAUUGAUGGGUAGGGGAGAUAUUAAGCUAUUUGAUGAGGAAAGAAAUGGUCUUUUCUCAAUUUCGAAUUUUGGGUCCCUUCUCAAUGAGGAAGGGAGUUACCCUUCUAUGGGUUUGUUUGCAAGCAUUGGUCAAAUGGGAAUGGGGUUUGGUGUAAAAGAACCGAACCCUUCUGGUUCUCAACAACACAACGGUGGCAUGAGUAUGAGGAUUCCAUGCACUGAGUUGUAUGUGAGGUAUGUGCAAUCAGAGGGGAAGGUGAAGAUUCUUGGGGUUCCUGAGGAAGAGGAAGAGGUGGUGGAAGGGGUUAAGAGAAAGAAAAAGGGUGUCUUUAAAGGGUUGAAGAUUAAGGUUAAGAACCCUUCACUAAGGAGAUUGAUUAGUGGUGGUUUUGCUGGGGCAGUUUCACGUACCACUGUGGCACCUUUGGAGACUAUAAGGACACAUUUGAUGGUUGGAAGCAGUGGCCAUUCUACUGGUGAGGUGUUUAAGAAUAUCAUGAAGACUGAUGGGUGGAAGGGGCUGUUUCGGGGUAAUUUUGUUAAUGUAAUUCGGGUUGCACCUAGCAAGGCCAUUGAGCUAUUUGCUUAUGAUACUGUUAACAAGAACCUCUCACCAAAGCCUGGGGAACAGCCUAAACUCCCUAUUCCUCCAUCAUUGAUUGCAGGUGCUUGUGCUGGAGUUAGUUCAACCAUAUGCACAUACCCUCUGGAGUUACUCAAGACUCGAUUAACUAUCCAGAGAGGCGUUUAUGACGGUCUACUUGAUGCAUUCUUGAAAAUCGUUCGAGAAGAGGGUGCUGGAGAACUUUAUAGAGGCCUUACUCCAAGUCUGAUUGGAGUUAUUCCAUACUCUGCAACCAAUUACUUUGCAUAUGACAGUCUAAGGAAAGCAUACAGAAAAAUUUUCAAAAAAGAAAAGAUUGGCAACAUUGAAACCCUUUUGAUAGGAUCAGCAGCUGGUGCUAUUUCAAGUAGCGCCACUUUUCCUCUUGAAGUGGCUCGCAAGCAUAUGCAAGUGGGAGCCCUCAGUGGAAGACAUGUUUACAAGAAUGUGAUUCAUGCUCUUGCAAGCAUCCUUGAACAAGAAGGGAUUCAGGGAUUGUAUAGAGGGUUGGGACCUAGCUGCAUGAAGUUGGUACCAGCUGCAGGAAUCUCUUUCAUGUGCUAUGAAGCAUGCAAGAGGAUACUGGUAGAGGAUGAUGAUGAAGAAUAGGAUGAGUC